GAAGGGGUUGGAGGUUAAGGGAGCGCUCUCCUGGUUUGACACAUACAGCACUCUUUCCUGUCUUCCUCUCUCUAUCAUACACACCACACACACUCACACACACGCACCACACACACACACACACACACACACACAUUACAUACACACAUGUACACUUAUGCACUUGUCAGACUAACCGGCAGACACUCACACUAGUUGCCACUAUCUCUCUCUCUCUCUCUCACACACACACACACACACACCCACACAUCACACACACACACACACGUAACUGUCUGUGGACUCCGGCGCUGCCAGCUUGGUUUGCCGUGGUGUGGCAAGCGUGGCAAACGAGGUAUGGAGAGAACCGAGAGGAUUCAAAGGCCCUUCAUGGGCUCGGCAGACUCCUACACCAGCCGGCCGUCGGACUCAGACGUGUCCCUGGAGGAGGACCCAGAGGCUCUGAGGAAGGAGGCUGACAGACAGGCGCUCGCCACACUCGAGAAAGCAAAGACCAAACCAGUGGCGUUUGCUGUGCGGACAAAUGUCGGUUACAACCCCGGCCCCAGCGAUGACGUUCCUGUGCAGGGCAUGGCCAUAUCGUUUGAAGCCAAAGACUUCCUGCACAUUAAAGAGAAGUACAACAACGACUGGUGGAUCGGGCGUCUGGUGAAGGAAGGUUGUGAGGUGGGCUUCAUCCCCAGCCCGGUCAAACUGGAGAACACCCGUCUGCUGCAGGAGCAAAGGAUGAGACAGAACCGACUCAGCUCCAGUAAAUCUGGAGGAAGCUCCAGUCUGGACGUUGCCACGGGAACCCGCAGGCCCACCCCUCCUGGCACAGCUAACAUGGACAUAUCCACUGUGACCUUUGACGUUGACCCCCUCGACCUGGAUGCUGAGGAGCCCCCUGAGUCCCUGGGGGGUGACCCUCGCUCCUCCAAGGGCAUGUCAGGCAGCGUAACGUCCCCUCAGGCCAACGCCCACCGACUGCCCUUCUUUAAGAAGAUGGAGCAUGUCCCACCGUACGACGUGGUUCCCUCCAUGAGACCCAUCAUCCUGGUCGGGCCGUCACUCAAAGGCUACGAGGUGACAGACAUGAUGCAGAAAGCGCUCUUUGACUUUCUGAAACACAAGUUCGAGGGCAGGAUAGCCAUCACACGGGUGACAGCCGACAUCUCCCUGGCCAAACGCUCCGUCCUCAACAACCCCAGCAAACACACCAUCAUUGAGCGCUCCAGUACCCGCUCCAGCCUGGACGUACUGGCGGAGGUGCAGAGUGAGAUCGAGCGUAUCUUUGAGCUGGCCCGCACCCUCCAGCUGGUCGCUCUGGAUGCAGACACCAUCAACCACCCCUCUCAGCUGGCGAAGACCUCCCUCGCCCCCAUCAUUGUCUAUAUCAAAAUAGCCUCACCUAAGGUUCUCCAGAGACUCAUUAAAUCCAGAGGGAAGUCUCAGGCUAAAUACCUAACUGUGCAGACGGCGGCAGCAGACAAACUGGCUCAGUGCCCUCCUGAGCUGUUUGACAUCAUCCUGGACGAGAACCAGCUGGAGGACGCCUGCGAGCACCUGGCCGACUACCUGGAGGCUUACUGGAAGGCGACGCACCCCCCGAGCAGCAACCCACCCAACCCCCUGCUCAACCGCACCAUGGCCACGGCAGCCCUGGCCGCCUCCCCCGAGCCCGUCUCCAACCUGCAGGUACAGGUGCUCACCUCCCUGCGCAGAAAUAUGGAUCUGUGGCCUGAAAUGGACGGUGUAGCCAAUGAUGCGAGAGUGGCAGAACACGCUCUCUGAAGUCCAGUGGAGAGAGAGAGAAAGAGAGAGAGAGGGGAAGGGGGACUCAACCUCCUGCAGCCUGCUCUCUUUACCCUGAAGGAGGGGUGCAUCUAAAGCCUGUUUAUGCUGUAUAUAGAAACACAACACAGAUGCACCUUCGCACAAACACAUCUAUGCAAGAAUUUCACACACAAAUGAGCCGAUUUCCCACGCAUGAACAGCCAGUUUCAUAACACCAACCAGCAAAACCAUCUUUAUUGUAGCUGGUUUCUCUCCCUGCUAAAACUGUGUGAGCAGCUCAAACUCCAACAACACUGGACCUAAAGAAUAACCGAUACCUCUGCCUGCCGAGGCCACCCCCCUCCGUUUCACUGUAAUCAAGAGUGAAAUGACAUCUGCUGCCCCAACCCUGCCCUGUUUUGCUCCGUGGCCUCCUUUCUCCUGCACUUUCUCUUCUCCGGGAGGCUGAAUACAGUUUGCUGUCCUCCUCCUCUGUGUUGCCAUGGUACCGCCCCUGAAAACAGCAAGUCAUGUCCGCCUCUUCAAACAGAAACACUGAGUUUGGUGGAGGCUGUUGCUAACACUGUCCAGUUUAUUAUCGUUUGGUAUUAACUGUUAACAGCAAAAACACUAAUCAGAGCUGUCUCGACUGGAAAGUUAUUCCUGGCUCGUCCUCACUUAUGAUGAGUUCCAUACUGUCAAAGAUAUUCAAGUCUUCAACAUUAUGGAAAUGAAGUGGCAAGUGCUGCACUGAAUGCCUGAAAACAUCUACUAUUUUUACGUCAACAAAAGAAUCUAACAAAUUUAUUAUUAUUAUUUAUUUAUUGACAUAAAAUCAUUAAAUUGAUUGAAUAUACUGAGCUCUGUGCAUCACUAUAAACAUCCCAUAGCGCAGAGUUAAAUUAAUUACGUAAUCACUUGGUAGUCAUGGUGAUCGUUCUGCUUUUUUCUCUGCCAUGAGGCCACUCAGCCAGUAGGUGGCACUGCUGUAGUGGUAGACACUGCUUGGUGAAUAACUGCUUGGGAGUGUCUGCUGGUUGGGUUUGUGAUUCAUGACAACACUGUGUUUUGACAAAUUUGUGGAAUAACUGUGUGUUUGUGUUGGUCCUGUGGAGGAUUUGAGUGCACGUUAGUGUGUGUAUGUUAAAUUGUGUGUGUGUGUGUGUGUGUGUGUUCCUGUACUUAUAUCUUUGUGAGGGCCA